AUGGCCACACUCAGGCCGCUUUUCUGCAUGCUGCGCGCGACCACCGUCUUCGCGCUUCUGGCCGCAGUUCAAGACGGCACAGACAACUUGGCAGAGCGCGCACUCGAACCAACUCGCUUACAUCUAUCUGCACGCUCAUCAUCGACCACUCUCGACCCUGUCCACCUCCGACUGCACUUGCGGCUGUCAUUGUCGAGGAGAUCCGGUCCAGCGCCUAUUGCUGGGCUCAAAUCGCCAAAGACGUCAGCGCCACAGCCACUGCCCCAAGGGGCUGGUCUCGGCCAGCCUCUAGUGUCGGGUCAGCAGGAUGAUACGCCAUACAGGGACGGCAUCCAGCUUCAGCCUCCUGCUGUGAGCGGUGGUGCGCACGCUAUCGAUGCGGCAGCAGGGAUGAGUAGCGGUCACCACGCGCGACAACCCAGCCAAGGGCAAAACAUUGGCUAUCCGAUGCAGCCUGUUCAGCUGGCUUCUGCUAUCUCGCAUACACCCGCUGGCUCGGUCUCUGCCCUGCCUCCUUCGACCAACCCAGCCUCUGCCAGCUUCGGCGCAGCGUCAGGCCAAGCGCCCACUCGCACAUUUGCCGCCUUGCCUCGCAACCGCAGCGCGUCGGGGUCGGUGCAGGCUCAUCGAAGGAAUGGCUCGAGCGCAGACUCGUUCGGAUCUUUUCCUUCUUCUUACUCUGUCAACGAUUCGGGUUACGCCGUUGAGCACUCUUUUGAUGGCAUGUGGGGACACUCUACGAUGCCGCAGACGCCUGGAGAGCACUCUAAAGUCCAGACGGCUUUCGCGGCUGCCCUACAACAACAGCGCCAACAGCAACAGCAGCAACAAGCUCAGGCCCAUGCCCAUGCCCAUGCCCAAGCCCAAGCUCAAGCUCAAGCACAGGCGCAGGCACAGGCACAGGCACAGGGCUCGUCACAGAUGUUUAGCCAUCCUCAUCACGACGCAACACACCCAAGCCAUGGCGCUCAACCCAGCCACCCAAGCAUGCCUUCCCAAGGUCAGGCUGGCGCCGUGCCAGUCUUGCAUGGCUCCCACUCAGCUCAGCCGUCCCAGGACUUGGCUCAGCAAGCAGAUUUCUUUACCUCUGGAAGCCUGUCUAGUAUGCCCACCAGUCAGCCGGCUUUCCAAGACCCAUUCUCCAGCUUGAUGGAUGCAACCACAUCCCUCGCCCAUCUCAACGCUCCUGGCGCUAGCUGGCCUACGGCUGACGCAACCAGUGCCACGUCCAACGACCCCAACAACUCGCUUACUCCUCGCGCUCUGGAACAAGGAGAGGCGAGUCAUGCCCAGCCGUCACAAGGAGCCCAGGCUCACAGCCUGCAAGGCGCAAUCUCGGCGGCUCAUCAGAGUAUGCCUGGACACCAUCACAGCCCUCACGCUAGCAUCCAAAGCCGCGAUGUGCAAGCGAUGGGUCCGCCUGGCGUUCAGUCACUGCAACGUGGGCAAGGAUUGCCGCCUUCGACCUCGGCUCAAUUGCACCAAGCUCGCUCGAGCGCAUCAUCAGCUAGCGGUCCGGACCACGCAGCGCUCGAGGCAGAACAGAGUAGCGUCGCGGCAAUCGGUCAGAUUGGAUCCUUGUUGGAGGCCGUGGCGGAGCUCGCCAUCAACGCGAGGGAUCUGUUCCUCCAAGGAGAGCAUGGUGGGAGCAGCCAGUGCUUAGGCGACCUGCAGCGUAGUCUUACCCAGAUUGGCGAGCUUGGAUCUCGCAGUGCAGCGCUAGUGCACUCCGAGAGCUCGGAACAGUCGCUGCAGCCGGCGAAGAUGGAUCCUCAAGAUCAGACCCACCGCAGAACAGGCACUAUGGACAGCGAGAGUGCGCGCAAGAGGGCCCUACCCGUGCUGGAAGAGCUGGAUGUCAUGCCUUUCAAAACACUGCGAGCACAGGAUGGCACGCCCAUCGAGCAGCUUGCAUCUGCCCCGCCCUCUGCUCCGCCCUCGGCACCUCCAGGCAUGAUCAAAGCGCCAGGUGUGGGUCAUGUCCAAAUCCCUGUACCUCCAAUGUCGGCUCCUCCACUCCACCACACCGUCUCAGCGCCACAGGUCCCUCAGCUGCACACUAUCCAGACGCAAUUCCAGACCAGCAACGAAGAGGCUGGGCAGGAAGACGGGCACCAAAGUCAGAAACGCUUCCGCACAGCGCAGCACGAUUCUUCUCAACAGCAGUCGCCAGUCACACCACAUACGCCUUUUAGCCAAUUUGUGGCCAACCAGCUUCCCUUUUCGAGCUACGCGCAAGGCUUUGCGCCUAUUCCUGCGAAUCAGUACUAUGAUGGUGACGCUCGGUCGCGCAGUCAGUCUUCGGCAAGCGAGUCCCUCGGCGGUCUCGGGCUUGCUGCGGACCUGGGCAGAUCGGCGCAGUACAACCAUCUCACGAAUGGCGUAGCUGGGGUGGCCUUGCAGCAAGGUCAACACCAACCGCUUCGCCCGCCCUCGCCCGAAGACACUGGCUUCGAAGACGCUCAGGAAGACGUUGCUGAUUCCGUUGCUCUAGCAGCUGGAAGGUCCAGGAGGGCAAGCGCAGCUCAUGAAGACGGAGGAGAUACUCAGAAUGACAGCGUCGUGAACAAAACGAGCGGGUCUGCCAUCUCUCCGGAGCUGCGUGCUCGACUUGACGUCGUCUUUUUCGAAUACCUCCGCGGCGUGUGCUCCGAUCUAGAGGCGACCGAUAGCCACGGCGAUCCGAUUCACCAAACGCUCAUGCCCAAACGAAUGGCUCGCCUCGAGCAAUCAGAAGACUUUCGGCCGUUCAAAUUCCGCAUCCAGGCAUUCACAAAUUCCUUUCAGGAUCUUGUAGGCCAACGACUCGAACCCGGCGUUUCUGUCAGGACAAUCAAGCUGUACCUCUGGUCCUCGCCCUACAUUUCUCGCUUCGCAAAGAACAGCAUGCCAUCCGGUCAAUUCAGCAAGCACAAGUCCAAAGGCUCGCACAUCUACAUCAUCGAGGCGAAAAAGGUCGGGACGGGAUCCACCGCUUCGGACGGCACGCCCAUCUCGAGUUGGGACUUUCGCCAAUUCGAGCCGUGCAUUCCCAGCCCUGCGCAAAAAGUGGCCUACACUAGCGGAGACUUGCUGUGGCAGUGGAACGUUCGCGUCUGGCAUCCACGACACGCCUCUGUACGUGCCGUCUACAGUCUUCUUGCGCAUCCUGCGUGGGUGAAUUGGAAGGAUGGCGACCACACAAGCGGCGUUCUGCUCGGCUCACCCGGGCCCGAUGGGCAGGGCGGUGAAGUCCGCAUCCAGGCACACUACGUCAACGAUGGCCAGCUGCACCGUCUGGAGCACGCCUUUCAUCUUGCGACCGCAAAAUUCGUACCAACAGACAAGAGCGCGACUCAGAGCCUUGAAAGUACGCAGGACGAAGACGCGCACGAGGGAGCAGAGCAGGACUUCGCGCCUGCUGAAGAUGCUGUGAUGGCUUCGGCUCCUGGAGAAGCUACUCGGUACGAAGUGAUCGAUCCUCAACAAGCUCCGCGCGUCUUGUCACAGAUCGCCUAUCCGUUCACUCCCCCCGUGUUCAACAACGGCGUUUUCUUUGCGCCUCAGGCUCCAAUUGAGAAUCACCGACAGCAGCCUUCCAGAGAGUCGCAGCAUGGUCAGGACGGGUCGCCUUUGCGUCCUACAGAAACGGCACUUCCUCCAGCGAUCGAUCAGAGACAGGGGCAAAAUGUACCAGACAUUAAUCUGUCAAACAUGCUCCCUCCUCAUCUGCAAGCUCAAGCUGGUCAGGCCCCGCUUGAGCCACAGAAACAGAUCCAAGCCAAUCAAGUUCGCGCCAUGCUGGAGAGGCAACAAGAGCAAGCAUCGUCCUUUCAGCUCUCCCUACCUCCUGAGCGGGCGGCUCGAGCAGCUGCAGCUGCCGCGGCAAAUUCGGCCAGUCAGCAAGGACCCAUUCCAGUGUCGGGAGGCGCUGCGUUCCAGUCCCAUAUUGCAGGCAACCAUACGCCCAUGUCUUCGCUACCUGGAGAUGUUCGCGCAGCUUUGCCUGCCUUUUCGCCCCUGGCUUCUCACUCGGUCAUGCCCAGCAAUGCUGAUCCCAUGCUCUCGCCAGCGGUCGCUCUGGACUUUGAUCCGCUCGCAGAGCAUGCUGCGCAGCUCGAACAAAUGCAACGAGCAAAUCAAAAUGCUCGCCAGUGA